AAAGGGAUUAGGUGUUUAAAUUUCAGCUCCAUCUAAGACCUUUUUAACCACUUAGAAACAAAAGAAAGGCAACUGGUGAUGCCUUUGCCUGGAAGAACAGUGAUAUUGGUUCUUUAUUUUGCAUAUCUACAUCUGAUAUGCAUGUCAAUUCCAAAUUUGUGCAAAAACGACGGAUACUUUGGAACAGACUGUGUGUUACCUUGUCGAUAUCCAAAUUAUGGAGCAGAUUGUCAAAAGGAAUGCAAUUGCGAUAAAAACUUUUGUCAUCAUGUGUCAGGAUGCGCAAUGAAACAUGCUACCGAUGAAGUUGAACGGAUAACAACAUUAUCGGUGAACGAUUCAGGAUUGUUGCAGAACGAAACCAAAAUGAAUAUUCUCUAUAUGUCAACGAAUAUUAGCACAAGAGACAGUACAAAAUACAAAUCAAUGUGGACUGGUAUGGAUGUGAAACACAAGGCGAUGCUCGUUUGUAUAGUCUUCUUUGGCUUUGUUUCCAUUGUCAUCAUUGUUGUUUACAUUAAGAUAACUGUUAGUAACCGUGCACGUGUUCAGUACUUUAAAUGGACAAGAGUACAGGAAAUGGAAACACGUAAUUUAAAUGAAACAUUCAGUUUAUAAGCCAACCUGCUUUUCCGUAAGUGAUGAAAGUAUACAAGCGUUGAAAAGAAACAAAAAAACAAUAGUUAAAGUAAACCAAAAUCAGUUCUGUCGAUGUUUAAAUCAUAAGGAAUUUAUAUGAUCUUGGAUGAAGAAGAUAUCCAUCCCAAAAUAUAUAUAUAUAUAUAUAUAUAUAUAUAUAUAAGAGGAGGUUCAUGGACUCGGAUAGCUACCAAAGUUGUUAAACUUUUAUAAAUCAUUAACAGCUUAGCACUUCUUUGUACCAUUCAAUCC